AUGGGAUUUCUUCUGUUUAAGCUGAAUCUGAAAUCGUCAAUGAAUCUUGGUGACUUGAUCUACGAUUGCUGUUGGCAUUCGAACAGUGACUUGAUCGCAACGACCAGUAAAGAUCAUCCGAUACAUAUCUGGAACAGCGAUGGGGAAACAUGUGCAACUUUUCGUGGCAUUAAUGCUUUGGAUGAACUGGAUUCUGCUUAUUCAUUGUGCUUCACUUUUGAUGGUUGCUGUCUGUAUAGUGGCUACAGAAAUGUUGUUCGGAAGUUCGACAUGAACUUGCCGGGGCGUCAUGUCUUCGAAAUGGCUACAUGGAUUGCAUUUUAUUCGGAUUAUUCGCCGGGCGUGGAAUGUCUGUUUGAAUGCCGACACGCCAUAACUUCGCUUUGCUACACACCCGAUGGCACUUUCCUGCUCACAGCCGGAAGAAAGGUGAUGUGCGCAUCGCUUCUGCAAAUGCAUUUCCCCGGGACUAUCGCUGUGUGCAGUUUAUUCACAAAAAAAGGUGUUGCAGGAUGA